AUGGAAGUGGAGCCUGAGAUGAAGAAAGAGCCCUCUGUGAAUCAAGAGGUUGAGCUUGAUGUGACAAAACACAACAAGCAAGCAAUGAAGAAACAAAACAUGGUGAUAGCAGAAGGUCUGGACAAGAGGAACAUCCAGGAGCCGCGCAUUUACUAUGCACUGCAAGAGGAGUCAUUUUAUUUUGCUGGUCAUCACAUAAGCAUUCGCGAGUCUAUUGAUACUUGCGGUGCCCUGAUCUCUCCUGGGGCAGUUGCUUUAUGUCAGUUCUUGGAGAAUAACCAGCAAGAAGUGAACCUGAAGGAUAAAGCCGUGUUGGAGAUCGGAGCUGGGACUGGUAUACUCUCCAUAGUAGCAUGCCUGCUCGGGGCUUGGGUGACAGCUACUGACCUGCCAGACAUCUUGCCUAAUCUGACCUUCAACCUAAUGCGAAACACCAAAGGCCACUCCCGCUACACCCCUCAGGUUACUGCACUCACCUGGGGUCAAGCCCUGGAGCGAGACUUUUCCUACUCAUCCUAUCACUACGACUACGUGCUCGCAGCAGAGGUCGUCUAUCACCACGAAUGCCUUGAUAAACUACUGGAAACAAUGCGUCAUUUCUGCCGACCAGGAAGUCAAACAAUACUGCUCUGGGCCAACAAGAUCCGGUUCCAGUCAGAUGUGAAGUUUACAGAGUGCUUUAAGAGUAGUUUUAACACCACGCUGCUCAGUGAGCUCCCACAGCAGGAGGUGAGGAUAUACAAGGCCACAGGGAAGGAGUGA